AUGUCGGUCGCCUCACCUAUCAACCUCAUCCUCCUCUCGCUCUUCGUCGUUCUGGUAUACUACCAUUUCCGCCCAAAGCAAGCCAUCAGCCUUCCGCGCGGCCCGCCCCCCGUUGUUUUCCGCACCUACACUCCCAAGACCUUGAUUGAGUUCAACGGCGAGAAUGAUCGCCCAGUAUACCUAGCCGUGCGAGGUCGCGUAUUCGACGUGUCCCCUGGCCGAAACUUCUAUGGACCGGGCGGCCCUUACGAGAACUUCGCCGGCCGCGACGCCUCGCGUGGCUUGGCUCACCAGAGCUUCGAUGUUGAGAUGCUGACAGAGGACCUGUCAGCUCCAUUGGAUGACCUCAAGGAUCUGGAUGCCGAUCAGCUGGAGAACCUCCAGUCGUGGGAAGACCGCUUCUCCGAAAAGUAUCUGGUGGUUGGUAAGCUCGUGGCUGAGGGUGAUUCUGAAGCACCCAAGUCUUAA